UUUUUUCAACAUACAAACUGUGAUUGCUGUGAAAAUGUUGACUCAAAGUAAAAUUUUCGACCUCAACCAUAUGGCAACCUUUCUGACCAUAACUCAAUAUUGAAUUAACGACUUUUGCAGCAACUAGGAGGUAGGGAUAUAUUAAUUAGAGAACCAGAAAAGAUCAUCAGAAUAAACAGAAGUGAGAAUAAAUAUGCUUAAUUAACUUUCCAAAUGAAUAAAUAAACAAAUGUUUGACCCAGCUGGUCGGUGACAUCAACCUACUACAACCAAUCCAAGAGCUUCACCUUUUUUGGUAAUCCUCUUUCCUAAGAGGAGCUAUCCGAUCAGCACCACACUGUACCUUAUCUGCCAGGAAUAGUUCCGUCGACACAAGCCACAUUAACUGGGCUUACAGUGACCGAGUCACCCUUGAUCGGAUUUUCUGCUCAUUUUUUUCUUGAUUUUGCUGGUCAGACAUGGCGCUCCUUUGUAGAAGUAAUUAUAGCUGAUGUUUUUUGGGUAGACCUGUUUGCGAUACUUUUACGCUUUUACUAAACUUAAAAGUGACUUUCGUUAGAGAGUGUUAAGGGUUUAGUGUUUAGCUUUUCACUUUCCCCUUGAUUUUUCUUCACGGUAAACGCCGCCGGUAUGUUUUCACUCUUGUACGGAUUGUUAUGUUUUUGUGCGCUGGGCUGUGGUCAACUAGCGAGCGGCCAGCAAGACGAUGGAAAGCGAUAUAUCUGCCGGGCAAUACCCCUCAGCGGCGAUGCCAGUUGCCCUGUGACAUUGUUACCAGAGCUAAACGCCGGGAGCCAGGAAGAGGAGCUCAGAAAUACUGUCAUGCAGCUGCGAGAGACAAUUUUACAGCAGAAAGAAAAUAUUUCCAAACAGCUGGGCACUAUCAAUGAGCUAACCACCAAGCUGUCCCUCUGCGCUUCAGCCACCGACGAUAAGAAGUAUGACAAGGGUUCCUGGGGCAAAGAAAAGCAAAAUACAAUGGGGGAUGUUCCCAGAGAUCCAAAUGACACCAUUGACAGUCUUGGAAAAACCAUGCAGGGGCUUAAGGACCGGUUGGAGAACUUGGAGCAACAGCAGAUGCGGGCCAACGUGUCCGGCGCCUCGUUCCCCAGUGAGCUCCGCAACCUGCUGCAGCGUCGGCUCGGGGAGCUGGAGAAGCAGCUCCUUAAGAAAGUCAGCAACCUGGAGGAGGAAAAGAGCAUGCUUUCCAAUGCCACGGCAGCCUACAGGCUGAAGACAGAGAGCACGCUCAAUGCCCUGGUGGAGAGGAUCAGUGAGCUAGAGAAAGGAGGAGGGGAUUUCAAGUCCCCAGAGCAGUUCAAGCUGUCCCUCCCCCAGCGGACCAACUACCUGUACGGCCGCAUCACCAAGAGCCUGCCAGAAAUGUAUGCCUUCACACUCUGCAUGUGGAUCAAGUCCAGCGCCAGUCCUGGCAUAGGGACGCCCUUCUCUUAUGGUGUACCAGGGCAAGCGAAUGAGAUUGUGCUGAUUGAAUGGGGCAAUAACCCAAUAGAGCUGCUCAUCAAUGACAAGGUUGCCCAGUUGCCUUUGGAGGUACGUGAUGGAAGGUGGCACCACAUCUGCAUCUCCUGGACCACACGGGAUGGACAAUGGGAGGCUUACCAAGAUGGAGAGAAGCUGGGAACUGGCGACAACCUGGCAGCCUGGCACCCCAUCAAACCCGGGGGAGUCAUCAUCCUGGGGCAGGAGCAGGACGUGGUGGGCGGGCGCUUUGAUGCCGGACAGGCUUUCGUGGGCGAGCUGAGUCAGGUGAACAUUUGGGACCGCGUUCUGAAGCCGGUCGAGGUCCAGUCUAUGGCUAACUGCAGUUCUUAUAUCCCCGGGAAUGUGAUCUCCUGGCUAGCAAGCAAUGUUGAAGUGUUUGGGAGGGGAGCAUUCAAGCGGCCCUUGGAGAUGUGUCAGGAGCGACUGCCCAAUACUUAAAACUCGUCUGUCUGCCUCUCCUUAGACUAGCUGGUGUUUCCAUCCAUUCAGCAUUUUUUUCAUUGUCUACUCUUACUGUAAGGCAGUUUAUGGUCUUUAUGUUAUACAUUGAUGUGUAACAAUUUAGUUUUAUCUCCUUUGCACAAAAAGAUAUUUUGGAUUUGUGACCCAGGUGGGAUCUCUGAAAUUAAAUGUGUGCACUCACGUAACAGUUGUAACAUUUUGAUCUGUAGCAUUGAAUGUGGGAACAAAGUUCUAAUUGUUAUGUGGAGGCUGAAUACCAUCACUGACUGGUGGCUGUUUCAUUUCUAGUGGCAAUCAACAUUUCUGUCUUUACCAUGAUUAAGGUACUUCAGUCCGUCAACACACCCACCACCAUGGUAAAAGGUCCCCUCAGGUAUUGGUGCUAAGACAUAAUAUACAUCCUCAUCCCCACACAGUCUCCCACACACCCUUCCCUCCACACUCAAAAGCUUUGAAGUAAUGAAAAUCCACUCUAGUCCGGCACAGACACACGCAUGUACUGCUACUACUACAAAUACACUGAGGUUUAGAGUAGCUGACAGUUCGGCGUUGACAUGUGAGUUGGUGUUGCGUGUUGUGUGGGAGUGAGUAGCAGGAAAGAUUAAAGGUCUGGCUAAUGUUAUGUCUGUUCCUUAACUAGGGAAUGGCCUUAGAGCCAACAUCAAUCAAACCUCUGAUCCUGACAUGUUCAGUCAUUUUUAAAGGGAAUAUAAUAUAUGGAAAAUUACAAUUUGGCACUUUAUCUGUUAUGUGGUACUGUCUGGUAGUUGGAUCAUGUGUGCAAUGGACUUAUUUCUCUGGUAGAAAUACUGCUGUUGAUUUAGUUUUCCAGCUUAUGUAUGAGUUAGCGAAAACUUCACCUUGGUGGGAAGCUUUAUUCUUGGCAUGCAUAACUGAUACCAGUGAUACUAGUGAAUCUAUCACAGUGCUUUUUCCCUUGCCUUUUACAUUUGAACAAAACCUGUUUAAAUGGUGAAAAUCAUGUUGAAAAUAUAUUCAUAGCUUCAAUGUUGUGAAAUAUUUUUACUCGUGAUUUAUAAUAUUGUUGCAGUGGAUUGUCUAACCGAGCAUUCAAAAGAAGAUGAACUAUCAGAACUCUCAAGAAUGUAUUUUGAAUGUACUUGUAUAUUAAUCAUGUCUGUGUAGUGUCUCUGUCCAGAAAAAAAAUAGUUUUUUUAUGUAAUCUCUAUUUUUAGCACAUGUAUAAGGCAUCGUCCAUCUUGUCUUAUGGCCUUCUAAUGGAGACUUAAGUGCCAUUAAAUGUUUCCUAAGUGUUGAAAAUUAUUUACUUUGCCAAUAAAUGAAAAUGUGGAAAAUAAAGAAAAUGAUUGCUGCAAAAUUGA